AAACCUCCAGGGCCCGGCACGUCUCCAGGAUGCAGCUCCCACUAGUGGUUCUGGCCGGCAUGGCCCUCCUGUGUGUGGCUGACCCUCUGCGCCACCCCACCGGCUCCCGCGUGGCCCAGCUCUCUGCCGACUUUGGGGUGAAGGUUUUCCGGGAGGUGGCAAAGGUGUCCCCGGAUCGUAACGUGGCUUUCUCCCCUUUUGGGGUGGCCUCUGUACUGGCCAUGCUGCAGAUGGCGGCCGCCGGGGAGAGCCGGAGUCAGAUCAAGGCAGCCAUGGAGUACGGGGUCCAUGAGCGGGGCAUCCCCCAGGCCCUGCGGUGGCUGCGCAAGGCGCUGACGGCCCCGAAGAAUCAGGACAAGGUGGACGUCGCCGAUGCGCUCUUCGUGCAGCGUGACCUGGGGCUGGCCCCUGGGUUCAUGAAGACGUUCGCCCGGGCCUUCCGCCAGACCGUCAAACAGGUCAACUUCACGGAGGGCGAGCGGGCUCGCUUCAUCAUCAACGACUGGGUCAAGGACAGCACCCACGGGAUGAUCAGUGACUUCCUGGGGCCGGGCACCGUGGAUGACCUGACCCGCCUGGUGCUGGUGAACGCGGUGUAUUUCAAGGGGCUCUGGAAGCUGCCUUUCCCGGAGGCGGCCACGCGCCAGCGCAUCUUCCACAAGUCGGUGGUUCAUGAAGGUUCAUGUCAACUAGGUUUGUAA